GAUUCCAACCAAAAGUUAAAAACUCUGCAAAAUAGUCCCUUUUCUUGCCUCCGGAGAAGUGCAACUUGCAAUGUCUUUCUAGCAAGUGCACCUAGUUUUAGGAUGCUGCACGUCCGAAAGACUCGAUGCACAAACGGGAGAUUGGCUUGAAGAACUCCGUCAAUAAUUUGCUAACAAGGCAAAUGCAAUGAAGCAUACCAAUGGAGUGCAGAGCAGCGAAGAAAAAGAAACAGAAGAUGCAAAGCCGCUCAACACAACCUCUCUGGUGCUCACCAGCCUCACGGCAGGGGCCAUGGCUGGUGCCGUGGCUAAAACCACAAUCGCACCUCUUGACAGAACAAAAAUUAACUUCCAGAUAAACCAAGCGCCUUAUUCUGCUCGCCAAGCACUGAAGUUUUUAGUAAAAAGUUACAAAAGAGAGGGUUUCCUCAGCCUAUGGCGAGGUAACUCUGCAACCAUGGCCAGGAUCAUCCCUUACGCAGCUAUUCAGUUUACGGCACAUGAACAGUGGAAACAAAUCCUGAAUGUGGAUCAAGACAAAAGUGUGAGAACCGCAUCUUGGCGUAGAUUUGUCUCCGGUUCACUGGCUGGCGUGACCUCGCAGUCACUGACCUACCCCCUGGACAUGGCCAGAGCUCGAAUGGCAGUCACUCAGAGAGAACAAUACAGUAGCUUAAGUCAUAUAUUUGUAAGAAUUUGGAGAGAAGAGGGUCCACGAACGCUGUAUCGAGGCUACUGUGCCACAGUUUUAGGUGUGAUUCCUUAUGCCGGAACGUCUUUUUAUACUUACGAGACUCUCAAGUCCUUGCACAUGGAGUACUGGGGGACAAGUGGCACAAAUCCAUUUGAGAAGCUGAUGUUUGGCGCCGUGGCUGGACUUUUCGGGCAGACGUCUUCGUAUCCUCUUGAUAUUGUGCGACGAAGAAUGCAAACCUCGUCGGUUGCCAAUAGUCAAUACCAAACUGUUGUUGGAACACUAGUCAAAGUUUAUCGAGAUGAAGGCCUGAGAAAUGGCCUCUUCAAGGGUCUUAGUAUGAACUGGAUCAAGGGACCUGUUUCCGUUGGAAUAAGCUUUUCUACUUUUGACACAAUGCAGUAUUAUCUGCGCAAGGCCCUGAUGUACACAUCUUCAUGACUGCGUCUGCUGUGAUUAACUGUUGAAAUUUGCCAUUUAAAACUAUUUUGAACUUUUAUUAAAUGAAUAAUACAGAGAGGAUGUUAUAAGCAGCAUAAAACGUUUUUGUCCGCUCAGAGCAAAUGGAAUAACUUUAUUUUUCGUUAUACAAUAUACAACUGGCUUGUGGAAUGUCUGAGUAUCAAAAUCAUAAAAAUAUUGGACAACUAAAAACAAACAAUUAUUAUUCAUUGGGAUUAAAUAUAUUAUAAUAUUGAAAAUUUCAUGUGUGAGACAAUAGUAAAUGUAGUGCCAUAUCAGUUUACCCAAAAAAUAUAUAUAAAUACUGUUAAAA